AUGAGCCUGAGCAUGGAGAGUCAGCGACUGUCUUCAUAUCGGCGGCGGUUUGGCCCCCAAGCCACCGCUGUCCAACAGCCCCUGAGAUCCUCGCCCCUCUUCUGGCUCAUGUCCCCCAGCCCCAGCACCAGAGUCUCCAUGACCAAGAAGAAGAGUUCCAGCCUGAGCAUCCGUGCCAGCCCCAGGUUCUUCCAGGACAAGGCAGAUUUCUCCCUGGCCGAUGCCCUCAAAACCGAGUUCAAGGAGACACGCACCAACGAGAAGGUGGAGAUGAUGGAGCUGAACGACCGCUUCGCCAGCUACAUCGAGAAGGUGCGCUUCCUGGAGCAGCAGAACAAGGUGCUGGUGGCGGAGCUCAACCAGAUCAGAGACAAGGAGCCCACCAAGCUGGCCGACAUCUAUCAGGACGAGCUGAGAGACCUCCGCCGGCAGGUGGACCAGCUGUCUAAUGCCAAGACCAGGCUGGAGAUCGAGAGGGAAAAUCUGCUGGACGACGUCAACGGCCUCCGGCAAAAGAUGGGGAAAAGUAUUGAUAUGUGUAAAACUCUCCCGGUCUGGGACAGCAUCCCCCACCCAGCUGUCACUGAGCGAAUCGUGGGGGCGGGGCAGCAAGAGGCUCUCUGUGUGACUUUGUUGAGCUUGAGGCCUGCUUUGCUGAUGCAGUUUAGUACAGACUGCAGG